AUGCGAGGUGUGUUCGCCGACUUUCGCGUCGUGAACACAGCGCUGGUGACGGACAGUCAUGUUUCAACAAUGGAUCCAUCUAUCACAGGUCGUUGCCUCUGCAACUAG